UUCCCAUAGUGCCAUAAGCCCCAAGACAAUCCAUAGAAGUCUCAAAAAGUCCAUGUUUUUUUCAUACAAAACCCCAACCUGAAGAGUCGGAAUUGAGUUGACCGAACUGUGCUCGAUAUAGUUGGCGCGGUGCGCAUUAACGUUUAUGUUACUUUAAGAUAAGACUUAUCAGUGAAUUUUGUUGCAGUUGCAUAACCUGGUCAUUGCCGAAAAAAAAAAAAAUAAAAAUUGGCUGCACCAAAAUAACAACAACAACAAGGACGAAGGUUCUAUUUUUUUGGGGAAAUAAUAAAAAACAAGUUAAAAGUAACAAAAAAAAAAGAGAGGAAAGAGUGUAUAACGAUUGCAGUUAGCGGGUUAAGAACCCCAAAGCUCUGGGGCCCGCCUACCGCUCUCCACGCCCCUCGUUCGCCGCCCACGCGUUUUUUAUUUCGCGACGUGCCUUAAAAAAUAAGCGUGUUUUUAGUGUUGUUUUUGCAAAAAUUAAAAAAAAUUCAGAAUAAAAUCCAAGUGCGCGAUAAUUACGCAAAAGCUAUUUCAUUAAUCCCAAAAAAAAAAAUCGCGAAGAGUGUGCACAGAGAGAGAGUGAUAAAGUAGAAGCUAAAGAAGAUGGCCCAAAACACAGCAGAUACUUUCAUCCAUCUGAUUGCCGGCGGAUCGGCUGGCACUGUUGGCGCCGUGGUCACAUGCCCCCUGGAGGUGGUUAAGACGCGUCUGCAGAGCUCCACGGCGUUUAUGACGCCGGCUAGGAUGGUGGAGAAUGCCGGCGGUGGACCGGCGAACGGUGGCCAAUCGGAGCUUCUUAGGCCGGAACAACGACGUAAGCUAAGCACAACGAUAUUACGUAACAGAUCACAGCCACAGGUGAUUGGGGGUGUGCGUAGGAUAAUGGCCAUUUCACAUUGUGGGAUCUCCUCGACAACACCCAAGUCCAUGAGCAUCAUUCAGUGUCUGAGACACAUUGUUCAGAACGAGGGUCCGCGCGCUCUCUUCAAAGGUCUGGGACCGAAUCUCGUGGGCGUGGCCCCCUCCAGAGCCAUCUACUUCUGCACCUACUCGCAGACCAAGAACACGCUCAACAGUUUGGGCUUUGUUGAACGUGACUCGCCAUUGGUUCACAUCAUGAGUGCCGCCAGUGCCGGAUUUGUCUCCUCCACGGCCACGAAUCCCAUUUGGUUUGUCAAGACCCGGAUGCAACUCGACUACAACUCCAAGGUCCAGAUGACGGUGAGGCAGUGCAUCGAAAGGGUCUAUGCCCAGGGCGGUGUUAGGGCCUUCUACAAGGGCAUCACGGCCAGUUAUUUUGGCAUCUGCGAGACCAUGGUCCACUUUGUCAUCUACGAGUUUAUUAAAUCGAAAUUGUUGGAGCAACGAAAUCAGAGGCAUACGGACACUAAGGGCUCCCGCGACUUCCUUGAGUUCAUGAUGGCCGGCGCCGUCUCCAAGACGAUUGCCUCCUGCAUCGCUUAUCCCCACGAGGUGGCACGUACUCGCCUGCGGGAGGAGGGCAACAAGUACAACUCCUUCUGGCAGACACUGCACACGGUGUGGAAGGAGGAGGGCAGGGCAGGACUGUAUAGAGGCUUGGCCACCCAGCUGGUGCGACAGAUUCCCAACACGGCGAUCAUGAUGGCCACCUACGAAGCUGUGGUCUACGUCCUAACCCGUCGUUUCAACAACAAGUCCAAUGAGUUUUACGAUUUUUAAACAAAUCUGGAUCUGGAUCUGUAUCUAAAUCUGGAUCUGGAUCUAGUUACUACACUUUAAAUUGAUGGAGGAACCCAAUCUGUGCAUAUGUAGAAGACGCGACUGCUGCAACCUAUCUGUAAUUGUAAUCCUUUUUUCGACGACGAUCGACGAGCGCAAAUCUUAGUUAACUUAGUUAGCUUCUAAGUCACAACCAAAUAACGAUUUCGAUAGACUUGAGACGUUAAACGUUGAACGUUGGCCAACGAAGCAAACACGCACCACGAAUCCUUACUCCUUAAUCCAAAAAAAAAAUCCAAACAAAAAAAAAAUAACAUAUAUACGCCAUAAUCUGCUAUAUAUUCGGAUGGAUUCGCUGAAAAACGUUAUCAAAAUUUCUAAAACAUAAAAAAAAGGCUGCUAUUUAGUUAAAGAUACAAUUAUAUGUGAAUGUAUAAACGUGGUUGAUAUUUUGAUAUAGAAAUGUAAAUAGAAUUCGAUUCGCUCAGAGUGUAUUGUAAAUAGAUGAGAUGAUGGAUGAGUCCAAUGGAUGAGUUCGCAAUGGCUCCCCCCCUAGUAGUUUUGUUAGUUUUAAGCACAAAAUGUUGAAUCGGCCACAGUUGCCAAUAGAAGCCGCUAAAUUAUAUAUAAAUAUAAUAAUAAUAUAAAAUAGUAACAACCGAUCCGAGCUGCACUUUAAUUGUAAUCGUUUUUCGUUAAGUUUCCUCAAAUUGCGAUAUACAUUUUAGUUACCAUUACUCUAUAAUUACUAUUAUUAUUAUUAUUAUUUACUGUUAUUAUUACUGUUUAUUUAGUUUAUUAGUUAACUAGUUAGUGAGCACCACUAUAAGUUAUAGUGCCCCCUACACCCCCGAAACGUAUUUCAUUAAAAACGAGCAAAGAAACAAGAAAACUACUGUGAAUAAUUGAUUGCAAUCUGAUUUAAUGGUGAAAUCAAUAAAUACAACAUUUUUGUUUAAAAAUAA